CAUUCUUCCCAUCUCCAAUUUUCCGCUCCGCUUCUUCUUCUUCUUCUUCUUCUCAACCGGCAGAAUGUAUACUUCCAUCGUCGCCUGCCCAUCGCUCCACCCUUCCUCGUUUCCAGCCCGACCGUCGGACCGUCACGCCGGACCGCACCUUCCGAAUCGGCAGAGAUCGAUCGAAGUCGCGGCAGGGAGGGACGGCUACGGAUGGGACUACAGCGGCGGCGGUGGGCUUGUCGACGAGAAUAUGAUCGUGCUCAGGAAGAGGAUCCACGAGAUGAAGAUGGCCGAGAGGAAUUAUGAGGCGCCGUCGGAAUGGAUGGACUGGGAGAAGCGCUACUACGCCAGAUACCACGCCGACGUCUCCGACGUCCUGUGCUUGUUGCAGACCCUACUGAUGAACACAAGGCCUAGCGUCGCCAUCGGAUUGAUGGCGGUGCUUGCGUUGAGCGUUCCGACGUCGGCGAUCUUGAUCUUGUUCCAUCUGAUCCAGGCCUCGAAGUGGAUUCUGGCCGGAAUGCAUCUCGGUUGAGUGGCGUUUAAUGUCUGUGUACUCCACCUGUUCCAUAGCUUUAUAGAAUAUUACAAUUAAUUCGUUCAGUCCUGCCAUA